GAGACUAGAAGGUUCUGUUCGCGCCGGUUCAGUGUCGUCGCCGGAGCCGCUGGGAGAUAAGUGACCACCGGGCGUUAUACAGACAAGGGCAGGAGACAUGGCCAACUUCAACAGGGGACCGGCCUACGGGCUCUCCGCGGAGGUCAAGAACAAGAUUGCUCAGAAAUAUGACCUUCAAGUAGAAGAGGAGCUGCGUUCAUGGAUAGAGGAGGCCACCGGCAUGAGCAUUGGAGAAAGUUUCCAGCUGGGACUGAGAGACGGUGUAAUUCUCUGCCAUCUCAUUAAUAAACUGCACCCGGGAUCCGUGAAGAAAAUUAAUGAAGCCAAGAUAAACUGGCACAAGCUGGAGAACAUCGGGAACUUCAUCAAAGCCAUGCAGGAUUACGGGAUGAAGCCACACGACACCUUCGAAUCCAAUGACCUCUUUGAGAAUGGAAACAUGACUCAGGUUCAGAUAUCCCUGGCAUCACUGGCCGGGCUGGCCAAAACAAAAGGCUUCCACACGACCGUAGACAUUGGAGUGAAAUACGCAGAGAAGCAGAGGAGACAGUUUGAUGACGAGAAACUAAAGGCCGGGCAGAGCGUCAUUGGCUUACAGAUGGGAACCAACAAAUGUGCAAGUCAAGCCGGUAUGACCGCCUACGGUACCAGAAGACAUUUGUAUGACCCAAAGAUGCAGACCGACAAACCAUUUGAUCAGACGACCAUAAGCUUACAGAUGGGGACAAACAAAGGGGCCAGUCAGGCGGGCAUGGCGGCACCAGGAACAAGGAGGGAUAUCUAUGAUCAGAAAGGAAUUCUGCAGCCUUUGGACAACUCCACAAUUUCAUUACAAAUGGGCACCAAUAAAGUGGCAUCUCAGAAGGGGAUGAGCGUCUACGGCCUUGGGCGGCAAGUGUAUGACCCCAAGUACUGCGCUGCCCCCACAGAACCCAUCAUACACAACGGCAGCCAAGGCACCGGAACAAAUGGCUCAGAAAUCAGUGACAGCGACUACCAGGCAGAGUACCCAGGGGAGUACCCAGAUGAUUAUCCUAGAGAUUAUCACGGCCAGUACAGUGACCAGGGCAUAGAUUAUUAGAGAUUAGUCUACUCAGUAUUAGUUCAUUAUUUUAUUCAAUGAAGACCAAGCUAGCCUUGUGUAAUUUUAUCUGUCUUCCUUAAAACACUACUAUGCUUUAAUAUGGAAAGAAAAUUUGCCUUAUGUACAUUCCUUUUUAUUUUUCUCCUUCCCGUUCUGCCUUUCGUAUCCCUAGUUGCCUUGUAAGUGCUGAGACAGGACGUUCCGCCGCGUUACUAAGAAUUGUGUAUGAAGUUAAAAGGAAUACUGUGAAUAAUGAAGGGAGAUUUUGUACAGUUUUGCUAUAUUCGGACUAUGCAUUUUACAUAUCAAGAUGCAUGCUUGGGUCAUAAUACGAUUUUACAGCGCUUUUGCCUUUUGGUAGUUUUAUGUAUCGAUGAGCAUCUAAAAACAGAUUACCAGUGGCCGUCGUGAGCUUUUUAGCCCCCUUUUUUUUUUUUUAGAUAUCAGUUUUAUUGCCUUAUGGUAUGAAUGUGGAGCCAUCGUGCAUAGGUCGAAGGCAGCCAUUUUUGUGGGCAUGAAUAAAGCCUCAUGAUUGAGGCACACUGUAUGUGCCUCAGUUCUCUCUAUGAACCUCUUCUCAGUGAAAUAUAGGCUGAUUCCUUAAUUUUUUUUAUUUUCAGUUUUACAA